AUGGCUGAGUUCUCCAAGCAUCCUUUCUUGCUCACCGUCAAGGAGACAGAAGAAGCUCUCGGAACCAAUGUCGAUAGGGGACUCGCCUCGGAGCAGGUUCCAAGCCUGCAGUCGAGAUAUCCCAAAAAUGAGCUCGACGUCGGCGAGACUAUACCAUGGUAUAGUAUCCUUGCUAAGCAAAUACUCAAUGCCAUGAUCAUUGUUCUUGUUUUUGCUAUGGCUCUCAGUUUUGGUAUCCAAGAUUACAUUGAAGGCGGUGUUCUUGCCUGCGUCAUCUUUCUCAAUGUUACUAUCGGCUUCUGGCAAGAGUACCGCGCUGAGAAGCGCAUGGAUGCUCUUCGUGCCUUGUCUUCUCCCAGUGCCAUGGUUCUCCGUGAUGGUAAUACUCAAGUUAUUCCCAACUCUGAAGUCGUCCCUGGAGACAUCGUUCUAUUAAAAAUGGGAGACACCGUCCCAGCAGACCUCCGCCUCUUUGAAGCCAUGAAUCUGGCCUGUGAAGAAGGACAACUUACCGGCGAGUCUAUCCCCGUCGAGAAGACCACCGAGAACAACAUCACUGCCCAUGAAUCCGAUACGGUGGCCACAUCCGAAGGCGAGGUUGGAAUCGGCGACCGCACCAACAUGGCCUACGCCACAACUGUUGUCCAAAAGGGCCGCGGCCGCGGAAUCGUUGUCGCCACGGGUAUGUCUACUGAAGUGGGCAAAAUUGCCGCCUCGACAGCAAAGAAGAGCCGCAAGGCUGGUCGCUCGAUGAACUGGCGCAAGUACGGCAAGAAACAGCCCGUUGUCGGCCUCUCGAAGCGCAUCUACGAUUUUGUAGGAAAAUUUCUUGGCCUGACGGUGGGCACACCUUUACAACGGAAGUUGUCAGCGCUGGCAUAUGUGCUUUUUGGCUGUGCUGUGGUUCUAGCCAUUAUCGUCUUUGGUGUGAAUGGCUUCAAUAUGCGGCAUGAGGUUAUCAUCUAUGCGACUUCACUGGGAAUUGCCAUUAUUCCCGAGUCCCUUGUCGCUGUUUUGACAAUCACCAUGGUCGUUUCUGUAAGCGUCAUGAGCAAAUUCAACGUCCUUGUUAGAGAUCUCUCUGCCCUCGAAGCUCUCGGAGGCGUCACCAACAUCUGCUCCGAUAAAACAGGAACGUUAACUGAAGGCGCCAUGAUCGUCCGCCAAGCCUGGAUUCCGUCAUCACACGUCUAUACCGUCCACGACUCUCAGAGUCCAAAUGAUCCUACAAAGGGACGCGUGGUCCACUCCGAAAGCCAAGACGAGAUUCAACCCCCGCUGGAGCCUAUCAAUGAGAAGUCGCGCGACUACGACAAUGAGCGAAGUGCUGCCGUGCUCAAGUUUGACGUCCCAGACGAAAAGCUCAAUACCUCGUCGGCGGCGAAACAGCCACAAGUCCCAGAGCCAGAGGCCAAGAUGACGGAUCAACUUCGCGCAUUUCUACUUUCCUCUGCGCUCUGUAACCUUGCCACUGUUAGAUAUGACAAGGACGAAGAAAAAUGGCAGACCACUGGAGAGCCAACUGAGAUUGCGCUACAAGUCUUUGCACAUCGCUUCAACCACGGCAAGAAGAAUCUCGAAGGCCAGGGUUGGAAGCAAGUCGCCGAGUUUCCAUUUGACAGCUCUAUCAAGCGCAUGUCUGUCAUUUACAAUGCUCCCGAAGACGAGGAAAACUCCAUUGUCGACUCCCAAAACAGCAUCGUCUUUACCAAGGGCGCGGUGGAGCGUGUCCUUGAUCUAUGUGCCUUUGUAGGCAUUGGCGAAGGCCAGCAACCCAUCAGCGAAGAGUUAAAGGAGUCCGUCCUGCAGCAAAUGAACUCUCUCGCGUCACAAGGCCAGCGAGUUCUUGCCGUAGCAUAUCGUUCAUGGGAAGGCAAAUUUACAUCAAAGCAGUCAAGCUCAAGCUCUGCCGAAGAAGACGAAAAGCUGCGUUCAACAGUUGAACAGAACCUCGUCCUUGUCGGGCUCGCCGGCAUCUACGAUCCUCCCCGUCGGGAAACCAAGGCUUCCAUUUCAGAGUGCUCCAACGCCGGCAUCAAAGUGCACAUGCUCACUGGCGACCAUCCCGAGACGGCAAAGUCUAUUGCUAGAGAGACGGGAAUCAUUCCUAGAAACCUUGGCAUUUUGCCCGAAAGUGUCGCUCAGUCCAUCGUGGUUAAAGCUACAGAUUUUGAUAAGAUGACAGACGCAGAGAUUGAUGCGCUGGAAGAACUUCCACUUGUUAUUGCUCGCUGCGCUCCAGAUACAAAGACACGUAUGAUCGAGGCGCUGCGCCGCCGUGGAGCCUUCAUGGCCAUGACCGGCGAUGGGGUCAAUGAUGCACCAUCCUUGUCUCGCGCUGAUGUCGGCAUUGCCAUGGGCUCUGGCUCUGACGUUGCUAAAUCGGCGGCCAAGAUCGUAUUAACAGACGACAAGUUCAACUCCAUAGUGGCAGCCAUUCGCGAGGGACGACGCAUGUUCGACAACAUUCAGAAGUUCGUCUUGCACCUGCUCGUAUCCAACGUCGGCGAAGUACUCCUUCUCGUCGCAGGACUCGGCUUUGUCGACGACAUGGAGUUCUCUGUCUUUCCCAUUUCCCCUUUACAGAUCAUCUGGAUUAACAUGGUCACCUCGUCAUUCCCGGCAUUCGGCCUUGGUCGGGAAGCUGCUGCUCCGGAGGUUAUGCGCAAGCCGCCGCAGGACAAACGCCGAGGCGUCUUCACAAACCAAAUCAUCGUGGAUAUGAUAGUAUACGGCAUUCUGAUGGGUGCGUGCACCCUCUGCACGUUCUGCAUCAUAAUCUACGGUGCCAACGACGGUAACCUCGGCAUUGACUGCAACACCAAAUUCUCUGAUGCCUGCAUUCCGGUGUUCCGAGCUCGAGCUGCCACUUUUGCGGAGCUGACCUGGCUCAUCCUUAUCUCUGCAUGGGAAUUCAAGAGCCUGCGCCGAUCCAUGUUCCGCCUGAACCCCAGCGACGACAGCUUCUUUCCCUUCUUCAAGGACGUUUACAGCAAUAGAUUCCUCUUCUGGUCCGUCAUCAUCGGUAGCCUCUCCGUCUUCCCCGUUGUCUACAUACCAUUCUUGAACACCAGGUUUUUCAAGCACACCGGCAUCUCCUGGGAGUGGGCGCUCUCGGUGGGAUUCACCUUGGUCUUUGUCACGGGCGUGGAGCUAUGGAAGCUGGCCAAGCGGAGGUUCCGGCUUCUGGAAGAUCGAGCCGUGCAGAGGGGCCACUGGGGACAAGGGGGUCCGGAAGAUGGCGAGCCGAGAUUCAAGAGGACGUUUUCGCUCUCAAGUUUCAAGACAUGGGCGUCGUUCUCGAAAAGAGAGACAGGGGAGAGCAAUACGCGGACGAAUACACAAAGUCGCUCAGCAGAUGUAUAA